GAGAGCCGAGUGAAGAAAAAUCCUCCAGGACGGCACCGGGGAUUCCUCACUGCAGAGGCCGGGUUUGGAGCUCCGAGAGCCGGGUAGAGACACGCGCACGGCCCGGUAGUCUUUCUGGAGGUUUUUUUUAACCUGGAGCCUGACAGACAGAGACUGACACAGGAGGGAGAAGUUGGGGGACAGAUGGAAAGAUGGAGACCACAGUUUGAACAGUCGAGUCUUCGAGGUUAAACUGUAAAAUAUAAGCUAAUAAACAUUCAGGAGUCAUGGCCGACAGACUGUUCAAUCUAUCAGCCAACAGGCGCAUCGUCGUCGGCCUGCUGGUCAACCUGCUGUCUUCCAUCUGCAUCGUCUUCAUCAACAAAUGGAUCUACGUCCACUACGGCUUCCCCAACAUGACCCUGACCCUCGUUCACUUUGUGGUGACGUGGCUGGGGCUCUGGGCCUGCCAAAAAAUGGACAUUUUUGCUCCGAAAAGCCUUCCUGUUCGCCGGAUCGUGUGGUUGGCUCUGAGCUUCUGUGGGUUCGUGGCCUUCACCAACCUUUCCCUGCAGAACAACUCGAUAGGAACGUACCAGCUGGCUAAAGCCAUGACCACGCCCGUCAUCAUCCUCAUCCAGACCACCUACUACAAGAAGACCUUCUCCACCAAGAUUAAACUAACUCUGGUGCCCAUAACAUUAGGAGUGAUACUGAACUCGUACUAUGACGUGCGGUUCAACAUGCUGGGGACGACGUUCGCAUCGCUGGGUGUCCUGGUGACGUCACUGUACCAAGUGUGGGUGGGAGCUAAACAACAUGAGCUCCAGGUCAACUCCAUGCAGCUUCUGUACUAUCAGGCUCCGCUGUCGUCAGGCUUCCUGCUCUGUGUUGUUCCGAUGUUUGAGCCGCUGACUGGAGACGGAGGAAUAUUUGGACCCUGGUCUGUGGCUGCUCUGGUGACGGUUCUGUUCUCAGGCUUGGUGGCGUUCCUGGUCAACCUGUCCAUCUACUGGAUCAUCGGAAACACUUCUGCUGUCACCUACAACAUGUUCGGUCACUUUAAAUUCUGCAUCACUCUGAUUGGAGGAUAUCUGAUCUUCCAGGACCCGUUGUCUCUCAACCAGGCUUUGGGGAUCCUUUGUACUCUGGCGGGUAUCCUGUCUUACACUCACAUCAAGCUGGCCGAACAGGAGGAGGGAAAGAGCCGCCUUGCUCAGAGACCAUAGGCUGACUCACCUGUCAAUCAACUGUAUGGACGGCCCACAGACUGUGUGACCAGCUGCAGAGACCUCUUUAUAUAAAUAUUUUUUAUUUUAUUAUAAGUAUUUUUUUAGGAGAGUGACGACUUUCAUCAUGAUUUCCUGAGGGGGAUUAAAUGGGUACGACACAUCGAGACAUCCUCUGCUCUUCACGCUCUUCUGCUUGGUCCUUUGCUCUUCAACAGUGAGGUUAAUGUUUUUUAGGGAAACUGAAGCUCAUCAAAUCUUGCAGCUCGACUUUUUAAGACGUUUUGAAGGGAAAAUGAGAAGCUGUGUUAACUCCAUGAAACAUCAGACAAUAUGCACUUUUUAUUUUUCAAACAGCUUUUAAACAAAUGCAUGCAGGAAGUCAAAGUCAGUGUCAUUUCUUCACACAUUUCCCGAGCUGUUGAUGGACUGGAUGACAGCUUGACGCAUCCGGUAAACGAGGUUUCCUAAUAACCAAUCAGAGGGAGACUGGAGGACUAUGUCAUCACCGAGUGAGCAGCGUUAAAGGACUAUGAUGGGAGUUCGCACCUGUCUUAUUUAGUUAAAGCACCAUUGAGAGAGGCAUCAAAACCUCAUUUGCUGUAAUAGGCAGACAGUGCCAUAAAAACACUAUAUUAUAAUAGUAAUGACUUUAGUGAAAUAAUAAUAAUAAUAAUAAUAAUAAUAUUUCCUGCUAGUUCUGUCCGUCCAGCAGAAAAGAAUGGCAGCUCAGACCCACUCCAAAAAAAAAAUGUUUAAACAGAAAUACAUCUUCUUCCAUGUGUCCUUAGACAUUUGAUUAGCAGACUAAGCUAGAAGAAGUGGAUAGGAAUCUAGGAUUUGUUGAAGCAGCUUUAGCUCAAAUCUGUGUGUUUCAAAACCUUUACCUGCUCUUUCUGGACUCUAAUCUGUCCAGUAAACCACGUCAAUGUCAAUGAAUUAACAUGUUUGGGUUUUUUGUUUUAAAGUGAAAUCAGAAGGCAGUGGAAUGAAUGUUAUUACCAAAUUUUUAAAAACUGCUUGGCUGCAACAAUCAAAACGUCCACAACAUCAUUAAUCCCAGUUUGUUUGUGGAGCAGCUUCUCGUACACACAGCACAAUAAACAACUAAAUUAUACAAUAUAUAUAUAUAUAUAUAUAUAUAACACACAAAAGGAAUAAAAACACCAGGGAGCUAACGUAGAUUAUAAAAAUCUAUAAAUGAAUGCGAUAAACACAAAAACAAAGAUCAGAAAGGAACAAUUGAAAUAAUAAUAGGCUGUUUAUUAUAUUACACAUUUGCCAUUUGGCAAAAAAAAACCAACAUAACUUGUAUUUAAAUCCUUUGUUUUUAUUAUUAUAGUGAGUUUAAUGUACACACUCAAAUCUGAACCUAUCUAUUAGGUUCCUACUGUUUUCAAGCUGUGUAUUAAUACACACUACUGAGCCUAAAUUAGAAAAUAAGCUGCCUUUCAUUUUUGUUUCUCCCACUCUGCGUUUGAUUCAUCUUUAAAAAAAAAUAAUAAUAAUAAUAAUUGAAUUCAAAGCUAAAAAAUUAGUUUGCUCUGAGUUCAAGAACCAAACUUUGCUGCCUAGUUUGAGUUUUAAAUGAUUGUGUGAAUGAGCCUUUAAACUGAGAAGUUACCUGAUGAAUCAAACAGCAGAAAUGUGGGUUUAUUAUCUUUUGUUUUGUUUUGUUUUUGUUAGUGAUUUAACCAAUUUUUCUUGUUUUUAAUAUCUACAGUAUUUAAGGUUCUGGUUUUUCAGGCUGCCUUUGAUCUCAUUCAGUGUUAUUUUAUUUUAUUUUAUUUGUAACAUUUUUUGACAGAAUUUGAUGACUGAUUGACUCUCAUCACUCACAGUGGACUGGGAUGUCUAUGAUUUAUUAUUUUUAGUUUGGAGAAAGGAAAAAAAACAAAACAUUUCAGCUUUGUGGUCUGCUCUGUUGUCAUGGUAACCGUUCAGGCGGGUUGUUGUGCAUUUAACCAGUAAGUCAUUUUACUGUCCGUGAGUCAUUUUACGCCAGCCUCGCCACAUUUGACGGGACGGAGGUCCGAACAGAGCGCGCUCAGUAGGUUCUACAGCUUUAGAGCGAGGCUUUCUCUAUUUUAACUUUUACCGUGUUCAACAUGUUCACU